AUGCUAAAAAACAUAUCGAAUAACGAUAUUUUUACUUCAAUGCGAUAUGAUGAUUAUGCAAAUAUUCAAUAUCUCUAUUCGAUUGUUGUGUUUGCAAAUUAUCCAAUUCAAAAAUUGAAUUAUCGAAUAAUACGUAAAAAUGCAGCGAAAAGAACAAUUAGUGAAGUUUUAUUCAAUGGUUCAGAUAAAGAGGAAACAUUAAAAUUAUAUGAAAAUUUUAUUCAGGCAUGGUAUAAACUUAACUUUAAAGAAGUUCGCUUAGGUUCUCAAACUAUUACAUUUGAACAUAAGUAUUCAUUGGAAGAUUUUGCAAAAAGAACAGAAGUUUCUAAAUUAUUAUUAAAUUCAUCAGGAGAUAACAAUAGUCUUUUGUUAAUUGCUUGUUUAAAAACAAUUACAGAAUUAAAAAAUGAUAUUGUUAGAUAUUUUCAUGAAAUUAUGAAUUUUAAUUAA